CAAGAAUCGAGCGCGAAGAAUUCAAAUUGGAUUACACUAGCUCGUGAAAAAGAUAUUGGAUAUUGGAAAAUCAAGGUCCUUGAAACGAGAGUGCAGGCUGUUUUAAAACUAUCUGCUGUCUUUGCCUUGUUUUUCCAGUUUUCGUGUUCACUCAGAUACUGAUCAGCAUUUGCACUCUUUAUAUUUUUUGACGCUUUGUUAAUUAUACCUUAAAUGAUUCAUCAUGAUUAGUUAACAAGCGAUAAGUCUAUGGACAACAUUUUGAAUUUUCCUAGAGUCAGCGAAAUUUUAGUAUGAAUUCUAGGAUUUUGUUUGAUAACUUUGAAUUUUGACAAAAUUCUGUAAACGAAGGGCUAGGGUCUUCAUUUGCAUCUUAUUACAAUCGAUUUAUGUAAAUUUAUAAGUAUAUUAUGUACUUUGUGUACAAAUCAAAAUAAGCUAAAUCAAACGAAAGAUCAAAUAUAAAUAAAUUAAGAGUAAUAUUGGUGUCAUAGAGUUAUAAAGAGCGAACAAAAGCCAGUGAAACCGGUGAAAACGUUUUGUAAAACCAAAACUAUGGAUGUGUAUAUGUUUUAACUAAAAUACACCAUCUGUAGGCAGUUCAUUGACAUCUCACCGUUUCUUGUCACUAUAAUAAUACUGAGUUUUAAAUACGUGUCACAGACAGUAAUGUACUUGUUUAUCGUUCCACCAGCUGUUGCCUUACAGUUAAUUCAUUUUAGUUGUCUUAACAGAUGGCGACCUCAAACAAAAUGGAUAUAUCACAAUCGCUUAUAGAAUUUAGCGAAAAGCUCUAUGCGAAGAUAUUGGAAAAAGCCAAGAGCCAUUCGGAGAAUACUUUUCUAUCUCCUUUUAAUGUAUAUACUUCCCUUGGAAUGAUUCUGUCUGGGAGUGCAAUGAAUACAAAAGAUGAGAUAGUAAAAACAAUGCAAUUAUCUGAAUGCUUAGAAAAUGAUAAAUUUCAUGGAGAAAUUGGUAAACUCUUGAGUGAUUUUUCUAAACCUGGUGGUGUUGAAAUAAAAUUUGGCAAUGGAAUUUUCUUUUCUGACAAUGUCAUCAGUAUCAAAGAACGAUUCAGAUUCAAUUUGAUGACUUAUUACAAUGCGUCGACAGAACGCUUAGCAUUUCAGACAGAUAAAGAAAGUGCAUGUAAACGAAUAAACCAAUGGGUUAGCAAGCAGACUUGUGGAAAGAUUCAACAACUCGUUUCAUCGCAAUCUUUAACCGAAGAUACAUCAAUGUUGAUGCUAGCCACUACAUACUACAAAGGUGUAUGGAAAUCAGCUUUUCCUGAGCAUAACUCCUACAUUAAGGAAUUUCAUGGUCUUGACAUGUCGAAAAUGGAAGUAAAGUAUAUGUUUAUAGAAUCUUCAUUCGACUUGGUCAGCUUACCACUAUUAAAGUCACGAGCCAUCAAAAUACCUUUUAAAGAUCCUAACUUUUUAUUACUUGUUAUUCUUCCCGAUGCCCAUAAUGGAUUACCUGACCUAUUAAAAUCAUUAUCUAAAGACAAAGGACUCUCGUCAAUUCUUCUUUCGAAAUUUGAAAAUAUCGAAUUACACUUACAUUUGCCUAAAUUCAAAUUGAAAGAAGGCAAUGCUAUAAGUUUAACGGAUUAUUUAAAAGAAUUAGGAAUGAAAAAAGCUUUUUGUCCUGCAACAGCUAAUUUUUCAAAUAUUUCUGAUCUUGAUCAUUUUUGUAUAUCAAAUAUACUUCAUAAAGCUAUUCUUGAAGUAGAUGAACAUGGUGUAGUUGCAGCUGCAGCUACUGCUAUAGAAGUUGUUACAUUUUCAGCAGCGUUAAAUGAAAAACCUAAAAUAGAAUUCCGAGUGGAUCAUCCAUUUUUUAUUUCAAUUCUAUGGAAAGAUUCUAUACCAAUAUUUCUUGGACAUGUAACAACUCCAAUGGACUAAUGAAUAGAGAUGAUCAUAUAUUAUGCUUUUAUUGAUAUGAUGUGUAUGAAUGAACUUUGAAAAGGUUAAACUGUGUUUUUAAGUAAUUUGAAUUUUGAUUUUAAUUUCACCGUAAAGAUUUGUUUGUUAUUUUGC